AGCCCCGGCCCGGCGCGAGUAGGAGGAGGAGCUGCGGCGGCCACGGCCACUCCGGCAGGUCCGCGGUGCUGCCAGAACCCGCCGACGGUGCGGGCUGCUGGUCCCCGCUCGGAGGAGGCGCAGGGGGCCCCGGGACCAUGGAGCCUGGUGACGCGGCGCGCCCUGGCUCGGGUCGGGCUACCGGGGCGCCGCCGCCGCGGCUGCUGCUGCUGCCGCUGCUUCCGCUGCUGCUGGGUCGGGGGCUGCGAGUCGCGGCCGCGGCCUCGGCCUCCUCCUCUGGGGCGGCGGCCGAGGACAGCAGCGCCAUGGAGGAGCUCGCUACUGAGAAGGAGGCGGAGGAGAGCCACCGGCAAGACAGCGUGAGCCUGCUCACCUUCAUCCUGCUGCUCACGCUCACCAUCCUCACCAUCUGGCUCUUCAAGCACCGCCGGGUGCGCUUUCUGCACGAGACCGGGCUGGCCAUGAUCUAUGGGCUCAUCGUUGGGGUGAUCCUGAGGUAUGGUACUCCUGCUACCAGUGGCCGUGACAAAUCACUCAGCUGCACUCAGGAAGACAGGGCCUUCAGUACCUUAUUAGUGAAUGUCAGCGGAAAGUUCUUCGAAUACACUCUGAAAGGAGAAAUCAGCCCUGGCAAGAUCAACAGCGUAGAACAGAAUGAUAUGCUACGGAAGGUAACAUUCGAUCCAGAAGUAUUUUUCAACAUUCUUCUGCCUCCAAUUAUUUUUCAUGCUGGAUACAGCUUAAAGAAGAGACACUUUUUCAGAAAUCUCGGGUCUAUACUGGCCUAUGCCUUCUUGGGGACUGCUGUUUCAUGCUUCAUUAUUGGAAAUCUCAUGUAUGGUGUGGUGAAGCUCAUGAAGAUUAUGGGACAGCUCUCAGAUAAAUUUUACUACACAGAUUGUCUCUUUUUUGGAGCAAUCAUCUCUGCCACUGACCCAGUGACUGUGCUGGCAAUAUUUAAUGAAUUGCAUGCAGACGUGGAUCUUUACGCACUUCUUUUUGGAGAGAGCGUCCUAAAUGAUGCUGUUGCCAUUGUACUGUCCUCGUCUAUUGUUGCCUACCAGCCAGCGGGACUGAACACUCAUGCCUUUGAUGCUGCUGCCUUUUUUAAGUCAGUUGGCAUUUUUCUAGGUAUAUUUAGUGGCUCUUUUACUAUGGGAGCUGUGACUGGUGUUGUGACUGCUCUAGUGACUAAGUUUACCAAACUGCACUGCUUCCCCCUGCUGGAGACGGCACUGUUCUUCCUCAUGUCCUGGAGCACGUUUCUCUUGGCAGAAGCCUGCGGAUUUACAGGUGUUGUAGCUGUCCUGUUCUGUGGAAUCACACAAGCUCAUUACACCUACAACAAUCUGUCGGUGGAAUCAAGAAGUCGAACCAAGCAGCUCUUUGAGGUGUUACAUUUCCUGGCAGAGAACUUCAUCUUCUCCUACAUGGGCCUGGCACUGUUUACCUUCCAGAAGCAUGUUUUCAGCCCCAUUUUCAUCAUUGGAGCUUUUGUUGCCAUCUUCCUGGGCAGAGCCGCGCACAUCUACCCGCUCUCCUUCUUCCUCAACUUGGGCAGAAGGCAUAAGAUUGGCUGGAAUUUUCAACACAUGAUGAUGUUUUCAGGCCUCAGAGGAGCAAUGGCAUUUGCGUUGGCCAUCCGUGACACGGCAUCCUAUGCUCGCCAGAUGAUGUUCACGACCACCCUUCUCAUUGUAUUCUUCACCGUCUGGAUCAUUGGAGGAGGCACGACACCCAUGUUAUCAUGGCUUAACAUCAGAGUUGGUGUUGACCCCGAUCAAGACCCACCACCCAACAAUGACAGCUUUCAAGUCUUACAAGGGGACGGCCCAGAUUCUGCCAGAGGAAACCGGACAAAACAGGAGAGCGCAUGGAUAUUCAGGCUGUGGUACAGCUUUGAUCACAAUUACCUGAAGCCCAUCCUCACACACAGCGGCCCCCCACUAACCACCACGCUCCCCGCCUGGUGUGGCUUGCUAGCUCGAUGUCUGACCAGUCCCCAGGUGUACGAUAACCAAGAGCCACUGAGAGAGGAAGACUCUGAUUUCAUCCUGACCGAAGGCGACCUGACAUUGACCUACGGGGACAGCACAGUGACUGCAAAUGGCUCCUCAAGUUCGCACACCGCCUCCAUGAGUCUGGAGGGCAGCCGGAGAACGAAGAGCAGUUCGGAGCAAGUGCUGGAGCGAGACCUGGGAAUGGGAGACCAGAAGGUUUCGAGCCGGGGCACCCGCCUAGUGUUUCCUCUGGAAGAUAAUGCUUGACUUUCCCCCCAAGUCCUGGCGCGAUGGGGUAGGCUCCCGAUGGGGUGAGGACAGCUGCAAGCCCUAGUGUUGUUUGAGGUGGGGCAGUGACUAGAUUGAACUAACUCUUCUAUUUUAUUGGGGUCUGAAGCUAUCGUAACACUUAAACUUUAACUCACAAUGCAGAUGGUGAGGCAAAAGUGUCUCUAAAUUCAGACAAACGUAGACCUAUUCCCACUUUUUUCACAUAGUAGUGCGCUGUUUCAGAGUUAAACAAA